AUGGAUCCAUCAGCAAUACCAGCAGCGUCGGUGGAGACGGAGGACACAAACAUGACGGUAGGGGGAGGAGGAGCAGGACCAGCAUCAACAGCAGCAAACACAGACACAAACACAAACACAAACACAAGCGGGGGCGGGAACGGGAGUGGCAAACAACAAGUUCAGCAAUUCGAAAACACCACAAUCUCAAACCUCAAACUGGAACCCGCCAGCUCCCCCGCACCUUUCCUCGACGACUACGCAAACAACACCAACACAGCAGCCCAAGGAGCACCACCCUCUUCUAGGAAUAGCACCAGCGGCACACCACAGCCGUCACAACAACAACAACAACAACAACAAGCACCACCAGCAGCAGCAUCAACCUCAGCCAUGCCCCCAAAGAGGAAAAAGAAGGGCACCGCCACGACCGUCAAGACCACAAAGAAGGGCGGUCCAUCACGUGCCAAGUCCAAAAAGGGCGGUGCAAAAAAGGGCGCCACCGCCAAAAAGACGCCCGCGGCAGGAAAAGGACCAGCCGGUAGCAACGGCGUAGAUGGCGAGGAAAAUGAAAAUGACGAAGACGGUGCCUCGGACUCCGAGGACGACGAGUCGGACCACGGACCCUACUGCCUGUGCCGCGGGCCCGACGACCACCGCUGGAUGAUAUCGUGUGAGGCCUGCGAGGACUGGUUUCACGGCGAGUGCGUCGACGUGUCCAAGGACGUCGGUGAGACCCUCAUCCAGAGCUACAUCUGCCCGCGCUGCACCGUGCCCGGCAAGCUCGUCACCCGGUACAAGAAGACGUGCGGGCUCGGCGGCUGCUCCCAACCCGCUCGCAUUUCGGCACCCGCCGUCAAUUCGGGAGCUCCCAACAGCGUCUUUUGCUCCCAAGACCACUGCAACGUCUGGUGGGAGCAGCUGGUCGCCACCCUGCCCCGCAAAGAGGGCGACAAGGGCCGCGUCGGGCUGACGCAGGCCGAGUUCAUGGGUCUGCUGGCCACCAAGGGGGGAGCGAGCAAGACGACAACAACAACGACGACUACAGCAGCAGCCGUAGGGAACGGCUGGUUCGUCGGACAAAAGCCAUUCGCGGUGCCCGCCGAUUUCUGGUCCCAGCACGACCCCAAAGAGAUACUAACCGCCGAAGAGGCCGAGCUGCUCGCCACGUCGUCAGCCUCGCGCCGCGCCCUGGCCGACGAGGUCGUCCUCUGCCGCAAGAUGCUGCAGCUGCUCGAGAUGGCCGUGGCACAGCGCCUCGAGGCCGUCGCGGCUGGCCGCCUCAAAAAGGACGGCGGCUGCGGCUACGACACGGCCCUGGACCACGUCGGCGCCCAGGCCCAGUUCGCCGCCUUUGUCACCUCCCCCGCGGGACAGGCCAUUUUCACCGCCGGAAAGCUGGAGAGCACCGCGUACGACGCCGAGGAAGCCGGCGGCGGCGGCAGCGGGGCUGCAGCCAACAACAACACCACCGCCCUCGGUCCGUGGACGAACCCCGCGCAGGUCGAGCGCACCUACAUGUGCGAGCGCCAUCGGUGCAAGCCGCACUACAACUGGCACGCCAGCCACGCGAGGCACGUGCAUUUCCUGCUCAAGGAGCUCGCCGCCGAUGCCAAGGUCAAGCUGGACAAUGAGAACCGCGUGAGGGACAAUGCGGCGGUGCGGUAUUUCCGCAAGAGGGCUGAGGCGAGUACGGUGAUCCGCUUUGAUGAUGAGAGCGAUGAGGAUGGAGAUGUUGCUAUGGGCAUGUGA